UCUCCACCUCCGCGCCCGAACGGAACCGGUUCCCGGGCGAGUCACACCGGAGACCUUCCAUGGCAUGGCGGACCUGGAAGCCUCGGUGCUGAACUCCUUGUGCCGAUGCAAGCAAGGUGAUUUGAAGAAAGGCGAUGGCUUUCGCCCCAUCCCUGAAGCUGAGGAGGCGGAGUUCUUUCUUUGUGGAGAGCCGCCGGAGGAGCCCUUGCCACCCGAAGAGGUCCCGCAGCUCCCGAGCCGGCCACGAGAAGGACUCAUCACCUACUCGGCUGAGAUGGAUUUGCCUUUGAAUCAACCGCCCAUGCGAUCUGGAGAGGUGUGGCACUUGUGCCAAGAAGAUGGGAAAACCUUUGAGAAGGUGAUCCUCUCGAUCCACUCCAACGGAUUUGCCAUUAGAUAUCCUGAUGACGACUAUUCUUUGAUGAGUAUUGCAUGGUCACCUUUUUCACUGGUUCAAGCCUGUCGACUUCAUACCAUUCAGGCGGACCAGUCCCAACCUUGGCUACGGCUUUUUAAAGUGUCGGUCUUCCACCAUGGGCUGACGCAUUUCUUCGCCACCCAUGGCUUGGGUGCAGACACCGAGCGGGCACGCUGGGUGGCUGACGUGUCGCGCGCCUUGCGGAUCCUCACGCAGUCACUCUUCCCGAGCUUUCAGUUGGCGGUGUUCCCCCUUCCGGGAGCCAGUUGGACCUCCACACGUCUACUGGCAGGCUACAUGCUGCUCUAUGAUGACCAGGGUGUUUCCUUGGUGUAUGGAGAGCUGCAUGCACAUUGCGAUAAUACAGCGGGUUUUGCGGCCUAUGAGGAUGAUGCGUGUAAGGUUCAGGUGGUGCACCUCGCGAUUGACACCAACACUUGUGUGAGCGAGCGCGUGGGCAUCGACUGCAGCUGCUUCAGCCUGGGGGACCACCACUUUUCCACGCGGACCUGUGCGGAGAAGAUGCUGUGGCUCCGGGCUAUCAGCAACGUCAAGGUCAAGCUCCGCCACUUGGCUGCCACGCCGACGCCCACAGAGCUGCGCUUCUACCGCGCCGCAGUGCGCGAGCAGAUCAACAGCCUCCCCCCGGCCUCGGACUCCGAUCCCCAGCCCGCGCUGCUGCCUCGGCGGCGGAGCAACUUAUCGCAGUUGCCCCGUGCUGGCCCAGUGCAGGCUUUGCCGAUGAUGUCAAUGUCGAGUCCAAAGCCAGACUCAGGCAUGUUGAACGGCCACGGAGGGGGCGUGGGGCCCAACUGCCAAUCUUCAGAGCCUGUGGCAUUGCUCAAGGACAAUUUGGGAGAUGGCAACGACGUGCCUCCUCCCAUGGAAUUCCCCAAAUCCACUCGGGUGGCUCUCGGGGAAGUGGGCGGUCGGCAGCUGGCUCCAGAGCGGGAGCUGGGCUCGCAGCGGCACGGGCAUGGGGGAAAUUGCUGUCUCAAAUUGCCUCCAAGAAAAGGAUGAAAUGGAAUGGAUGGGGAAGUGCCGAGACAUUCCAAGAGGAGAGUUUUAGGGUCUCCAACUGUCGAGACAUGUCAAAGUAUUAGCAACGUGGUAGUAGUGUUUCAGAUUUCUUCUUCCCAAGACAGUGGAUAUAUAUAUAUAUAAUAUGAUAUAUGUGGAUUUCUAAGGUAAAACUUGCUUGAUUUGUUUUGAUCGCAUAUAAUAUGUAUCAACGAGGUGUGGAUCUCUAUUCAAACACACAGUGGCACACACGAUGUGUGUGAUAUUCCUUAUUCAUCCUUAUUCCUUUUGUGUCCACAUCUGGGUGGCAGCUGGACCGGGUGCGACCUGGGCCGGUUGAACGGGUAGGACCGAUCGCAUAUUUGAGGCUGGCGGGUGCAAUGGGAAGGACUGUGGGAGGAGCCAUGUAGAGACCCACAUGGUCGAAGAACCACUCAAAAUGCUAAGAAUCAUGAUUCAUGAUGAAUGAUUAUGAAUGGAUGUUUGGUCUCAGGUGCUGCACAUGAAUAUUGGAACCUGUUUCGUCAGGGCACAUACCCGUGUUCCUGUAUAGUCCAAUAUUAUCUUGCACCAUCUUGAACCAGUGUUCAAUCAGCAUGAGAAGCCAUGCUCACCAAAGAGCUACUUUGCCUACUGAGAGCGCCGACUUUGAUGACAGAACCACGAAGCUAGAAGGUGGAUACACACUAUAAUGAUGUAUGUGUGUGUAUAUUGUAUAUACUGUAACUAGUCUUUGGUCCUGCUGAGGUUCAUGGCUUCUGCUGUCAACCCUGAAACCUUGAUGUCCACCAAACCUUGGUGUGGCUACUAUUAUUUGCACACCCCUUGCACCCAGGCAUGCCCAGGCUGUUACUACUGGAUGCGAGAGAGAAAGGUGACUCGUGACACUCUGAAGACAAAGACUUGAGACUUUAUGCAAAGACGAACUAAAUGUGAAUAUACUGUAUGUAUUUAUAUAUAUAUAUACAUAUGUCAUGUGAGGAUUGAAGGAUCAGUCCACCCGUUGUUUUCCAACACCGGCAUUCCACAAAAGAGUGUAUUGGUGGUCAAAUAUUGAUGGUAAUCAACUCAAUCUCUUGCGAAUCUGGAAUCUUAUUGGACUCAUAACUCAUUGGUUUGUUUCAAGGAGUCCUUGAAUUUGCUCUGCCCAGUGCUUGCGCCAGGUCCAAUGUGCAAGUGACUCGUGGCUCGCAGCUAAAUAGCUUGAUCUAGAAAGAAGAGAAGGCUAAAUAGCUGAUGAUGCUGAUGACGUUACGUUCUCAGACUGUGCUCACCAGAAGUUUGUUGGAUGGCAAGAUGCCACUCCACGAGAAUAGGACAAGGCCAAUGGCUCCGUGC